AUGGACGGAAAAACUAUAGGUAUAUUAGGUGGUGGCCAAUUAGGUCGUAUGAUUGUUGAAGCAGCACAUAGAUUGAAUAUUAAAACCAUUAUCUUAGAUGCGCCUAACUCACCAGCUAAGCAGAUUAAUGCAUUGGAUGAACAUGUUAACGGUUCAUUUUCAGACGCAAAGUCUAUCAUGGAAUUAGCCAGAAAAUGUGAUAUUUUAACAGUAGAAAUAGAACAUGUUGAUGCCCACGCAUUACAAGAAGCUAAAAAUAAAUAUGGUGUCGAGAUCUACCCAUUGCCAGAGACCAUCAAGAUGAUCCAAGAUAAAUAUUCGCAGAAAGAACACUUGAUUGAACACGGAAUUGAUGUUACUGAAUCUAUUGAUGUUAAGGAAAAUAACAUCGAAACGUUAUCGGAAGUUGGUAACAAGUUCCAAUAUCCAUUCAUGUUGAAGUCAAGAACUUUAGCAUACGACGGUAGGGGAAAUUACGUAGUCAAGAGUAAGGACCACUUGUCAGAAGCAUUAGAAUAUUUAAAGGAUAGACCAUUGUAUGCGGAAAAAUGGUGCAAGUUUUCCAAGGAAUUAGCUGUCAUGGUCGUAAGAUCUAUUGAAGGGGAGGUUUUCGCGUACCCCACUGUGGAAACAGUCCAUAAGAAUAACAUUUGCGAUGUUGUCUACGCGCCAGCUAGAAUCACUGAUACUUUAUCUGUCAAGGCAUCGAUUUUGGCUAAGAAUGCCGUCAAAUCAUUCCCUGGGUGUGGUAUUUUCGGGGUCGAGAUGUUCUUAUUGUCAAAUGGUGAAUUAUUGAUUAAUGAAAUCGCACCAAGACCUCAUAACUCUGGUCAUUAUACUAUCGAUGCUUGUGUCACAUCACAAUUUGAAGCUCAUGUUAGAGCUGUCGUUGGAUUGCCAAUGCCUAAGGACUUUACCAAGUUUUCCACCACUAACACCAACGCCAUUAUGUUGAAUGUGUUAGGUGACGAUACUGCUAAUAAGGAAUUAGAGAUCUGUCGUAGAGCAUUAGAAACUCCAAAUGCCUCAGUCUAUCUCUAUGGUAAGAGUACUAGACCCCAAAGAAAAAUGGGUCAUAUUAACAUUGUUUCAUCAUCCAUGAAAGACUGUGAAAACAGAUUAGCACACAUCUUAGGUGGCGAAGAAGGAGUAGCCAAGGACCUUGAUGUUUCUGCAGAAAAGCCAUUAGUUGGAAUAAUAAUGGGUUCUGAUUCCGAUUUACCAGUCAUGUCAGUGGGUGCAAAUAUCUUGAAGACUUUCGGGGUACCAUUUGAAGUGACCAUUGUAAGUGCGCACCGUACGCCCCACAGAAUGACUCAAUAUGCUAUCGAGGCCGCCAAGCGUGGUAUCAAGUGUAUUAUUGCCGGUGCCGGUGGUGCUGCUCACUUGCCAGGAAUGGUUGCAGCCAUGACCCCAUUGCCAGUUAUUGGUGUUCCAGUCAAGGGAUCUACCUUGGACGGAGUCGAUUCGUUACACUCGAUUGUGCAAAUGCCAAGGGGUAUUCCAGUCGCUACCGUGGCUAUUAACAACAGUACCAACGCCGCAUUAUUGGCGGUCAGAAUCUUGGGUGCCAUCGACAACAAGUGGUUAAACAAGAUGUCACAGUACAUGGACUCCAUGGAGAGUGAAGUUUUGGCCAAGGCUGACAAGUUGGAGUCGGUGGGCUACGAAAACUACAAGGCGUAA